GCCAUUUUGAUGGGGGGGGUGUCUAACUACAAUGAGGUCAUCCUAUCUCCCGGAAGUGACACGUAAUCACGGGCUUUGCACUAGCUCCGCCCCUUCCCUCAGAGGUCCCGCCCCUCCGCCAGCAGCCGGCAGGGUGUUAGGGGGCGUUUCUCCAGGAGGAAAGCUGUGAGCUGCGACGCUGAGGAAGGGGACCCCAAAACGUCUGGCACUGCCCCCUCCAGGGAUCACUUUGGACCGCCUCACUCGGCCCAGCGGGAUUCAGAAACGCCGAGGGGUCAACCUGAUGGGUUUCGGGGUCAACGGAAGAGGGGAAGGGGAGCCCUGGCGGGGAGAACCCCCCGGUCCCCCGCCCAGCAGCUGAGGCACAGGAGGGCGGCCAUCUUGGCCGGGAGGGUAGGGCUGGGGAGCUGCGGGCGCCGUGCGAUUGGGGGGCUCGCCCGGAAGUGACGCCAACUACCCGGAAGCGGAGGGGGUUCCCUGGCCCACUCCCCCCUCGUUCGUUUGCUCCCCCGCUUCCUCCCCGCCCCCCUUCCUCUCCAUUCGUUUCCCCCCCUCCCCGUUCCCUGCCUUCUUCCCCCCCCCGUCCCUCCCCCCCAACCUCCGGAGCUGGGAAGAGAGUCAAGAUGGCGGCGAAAUCCGAUGGCGGUGGCGUGGGGGUGGGCUUCGCCCAGCUGCACAACCUGGACGAGGCGGUGGGCAGUGGCGGCGAGGAGGACGGGGAGCCCGGGGGAGGCGGCUGCGGCGGCGGCGGCGGCGGCGGCGACGAGCCCGGCGAGAGCAGCUCGCUGCACAUCUGCCACUGCUGCAACACCUCCUCGUGCUACUGGGGCUGCCGCUCCGCCUGCCUGCGCUCCCUCCUGGGCAAGAAGCCGCGCCGCAGCGCCGCCGCCGCCCCGACGGGGGGGGACCAGCCGCUGCAGCCGCCCGCGGCCGCCGACGCCGACCGCUACCCGACGCCCUCGGCCGCGCCGCCGCAGGUGGAGCGGCCGUGGCUCGACUGCCUGUGGAUCGUGCUGGCGCUGCUGGUCUUCUUCGGGGACGUGGGCACCGACCUGUGGCUGGCCCUCGACUACUACCGCAAGGGGGACUACGGCUACUUCGGGCUGACCCUCUUCUUCGUGCUGGUGCCGUCGCUGCUGGUGCAGAGCCUGAGCUUCCGCUGGUUCGUGCAGGACUACACGGGCGGCGGGCUGGGCGCCGUGGAGGGGCUCAGCAGCCGGGGUCCCCCCAUGAUGGGGGCCGGCUACGGCCGCGGCGGCCCUGCGACGCCAGGGGCGCAGCGCCUGUGCCGCCUCUCCGUGUGGAUCUGGCAGACGGUCAUCCACCUGCUGCAGAUGGGGCAGGUGUGGAGGUAUAUCCGCACCAUGUACCUGGGCAUUCAGAGCCAGCGGCGGAAGGAACACCAGCGACGCUUCUACUGGGCUAUGAUGUACGAAUAUGCAGACGUCAACAUGUUGCGCCUCCUCGAGACCUUCCUGGAGAGCGCCCCCCAACUGGUGCUACAGCUCUGCAUAAUGAUCCAGAAGAACAGCGCAGAGACGCUGCCCUGUGUCUCCUCUGUGACUUCCCUGAUGUCCCUGGCUUGGGUGCUAGCCUCCUAUCACAAGCUGCUGCGGGACUCCAGGGACGACAAGAAGAGUAUGAGCUACAGAGGGGCCCUCAUCCAAAUCUUCUGGCGCCUCUUCACCAUCUCAUCCAGAGUGAUCUCUUUUGCCCUCUUUGCUUCCAUCUUCCAGCUCUACUUCGGGAUCUUUGUGGUGGUUCACUGGUGCGCCAUGGCCUUCUGGAUCAUCCAUGGUGGAACAGACUUCUGCAUGUCCAAGUGGGAAGAGAUCCUCUUCAACAUGGUGGUAGGGAUUGUGUACAUUUUCUGCUGGUUUAACGUCAAGGAAGGGCGGACUCGAUAUAGAAUGUUUGCAUAUUAUACGAUAGUCUUGACCGAGAAUGCUGCCUUGACGUUCCUUUGGUAUUUUUACAGAGACCCGGAGACCACUGACUCCUAUGCGGUGCCAGCACUGUGUUGUGUCUUUAUUAGCUUUGUGGCUGGGAUCGCACUGAUGCUCUUAUAUUAUGGUGUGCUGCAUCCCACGGGGCCUCGAGCUAAGAUCUUUGCCAGCUCCUGUUGUGCCGAGCUGCUCUGGGGCAUCCCUUUGCCCCCUGAUGUUGAGCCCAUGGCACCUCAGGCUCCUGGGUACCGGGGGACUCAGGUCACGCCUACCAGAGCCGUAACGGAACAACAGGAGGAUCUCACGGCUGACACUUGCUUGCCCGUUUUCCAAGUGAGACCCAUGCCCCCUACCCCGUUGGGGCGUCCUUACCCCCCAGAAGGGCCCCUCAUUAAGAUUGACAUGCCAAGAAAAAGAUACCCAGCUUGGGAUGCUCAUUUUGUAGACAGGAGGUUGAGAAGGACUAUUAACAUUCUGCAGUAUGUCACCCCCACUGCAGUAGGCAUUCGGUAUCGAGAUGGACCACUCCUUUAUGAGUUGCUACAGUAUGAGUCUUCACUCUAA